AAGGUCAAAAUAAGCAAAUACAGAAUGAGCUGGACUGCACAGAGGGAUUUUGUCAUAUUUGUCAUCUUACUCUUUGGUUUUCAAGUGUCCCAGAGUUGGGAGCCGAGUGAAUGGGGAGGGAAAUACACUCAGAAGACCAUCUGCGGUCUGACAGGAACCACCGUGAUCCUCAACUGCUCCUUCUGGUACCCACAAACGCACGACGGCCACAUCAUAAAGGUCGAAAAGGCACUGUGGUUCAUCAAAGGUGAAGACGAUCAACCUGAAGAUCUGAUGAUGGACGCUCAGUACACUGAUCGUCUAGACCUGAACUGUCAAAGCAACUGGUGCACUUUGUCAAUGAGAGAGCUGAGAAAGAGCGACGAGGGAAAAUACAAGUUCAGAUUCAUAACGAACGCGACCGGAGGACAAUACACUGUCACGUCUGGAGUCACUCUGGAAGUCACUGAUCUCAGUAUAAAAAAGUCUUGGCGGGACAGAAAUCCGAGUCUGAGUUGUCACAGUGAGUGUGAUUUGGACUCUUCUUCGUACAUUUGGUAUGAGAAUGGAAAACAAAGACCAAACUUGAACUCCAAAAAGACCAUUUCACCAGUAGAUUACCGCAGCUACUCCUGUGCUUUAAGAGGACACGAACAGCAUUUGUCUCCUCCAGUGUGUUGGGACACCUCAUGUGACAAGGUGCUUUAUAAGUACAAGACUAUCUGCGCCCUCAAAGGCUCUAUCGUGGACAUUACUUGCACUUACAGCAACCACAAGGCGGUACUGGAAAAAUCUUGGUUCCGCCCAGACAAUGGCAACACUUGGAAUAUUACCUCAGAGCGUUGGGCACUACAGUUGGACCACCGGUUUUUGACUUAUGAUAAGUCUGGUGAACGAUCAGCUCUACGAAUAAAAGAUGUGACAGACAGUGAUUCUGCAGAGUAUCGUUUCAAAUUCUCAGCAUGGGGAAGCGAUUUACGUGGGACAACAUUGACAGUCACAGGUAACGGUGAAACACUGCAUGAAAAUCUAUGGGGUUUGACAUCAAAAAUUGAAUAGGGCACAUGAAAGCAACGAUUCAGUUUUUGUUUUCCCACCAAUAAUAAACCUGUGAGCCUGAGACAUCAUCAAACAUUGGCAUUCUUCAUUUUGUGAUUGUAUGAGGAAACAAAUCGGAAUGUUUUAGAAUGAGCAAAUUGACAUCCAGAUUUUAAAAAUGCAGGGCGUGAAUUUCUUGGACUUACCUGUUUGCUGUACCUCUCUCUAGCUGCACAGGUGCAGGUGAUC